AUGUCUCUUAUUCAUUUAAAUUCUCUUCAAGAAUUUCAACAAAUUAUUUCAACAAAUGAUUGUAUUAUUGAUUUUUAUGCAGAGUGGUGUGGUCCAUGUCGUUUUAUAAGUCCAUUAUUUGAACAAUACUCAAGACAAUAUCCAAAUGUUAAAUUUUGUAAAGUAAAUGUUGACACAGCACAUGAAAUAUCAAUGUUAUGUGGUAUUCGUUGUAUGCCAACUUUUCAAUUUUAUUCAUCAGGAAAAAAACUGUCAGAAUUUUCUGGAGCUGAUAAGAACAAAUUAAAUGAUAUGGUAAUGUGGGCUGCUUUUCAAUAA